AUGCUGUCCUUCAUGGCACGCAAAGGCAUUGUCGGUCUGUCCCUUCUACUUGCAGGCCAGGGUGCUUUCGCGCUUCAAUUUUGGAAUAACACAAAUGUAUUUUCUUCCGAUAUGCCACAAAGCUGUCAGAAUGCUUUAACGUACGAUAUUGCAUGCGAAAACUAUCUUGUGACCGCACAGGACGCAGCGAACGGGGCCGCCCUGCCAUCGACUCUCGCGGAGGAGUACUGUACCAAAGAAUGCCACGAUUCCAUCGAAAGUUACCAAAAAGUCGUGCAUCUAGCCUGUGGAAAUGAAAACUUCCAGUUCUACGAGAACAGCAGCAUCAGAGCAGUCCCUGGUGAUAUCGCCAAUGGAUUGAUGUGGGCCUACAGUUUGAACUGUAUCAAAGACUCAUCGGGAUUCUGUCUCGGGGAUAUCUAUAACCACAAUAAAAGCGCUUGUUCAGAUUGUACUCUCCAGUACAGCGCAGUCAUGGCAAGCACCGACUUUGGACGCAAGAAUUUUCCUUUAGCCGCAUAUGCGUCACUUUUGUCCUCCUGUGGUGUACCUGAAUCCAGCUACCCCGUUGAAUAUACCUCUUCCUCUCCAACAACAACCUCAGGGUCGCCUAGCGGGUCUUCAUCUGCAACUCCAACUCCUACUUGCACUGGAAAGACGUAUGUAUCUAAAGAAGAUGAUACCUGCGAGUCAAUCUCCGAAUCCCAGUCUAUAAGCACCGAUCGAUUAGUCGAGAUCAACCAUCUGGAUUAUGCCUGCAAGUCACUUGUACAGGGUACCAAGCUUUGCAUUGAGAAGACAUGUCAUACAUAUAAAGUCAAGGCAAACCAGACGUGUCAAAAUAUCGUGAAGGGACAAAGCUUCGGAAUGGUGCAACUCAUCGGCUGGAACCCACCCCUGGGAGGAGGAGAUUUCAGUCUCCCUGGCUCCAAUAAGUCUAGUACAUCUAGAGGUUUGACAUCAUCUAUGUUUUCAAGCUGGACACCAGCAACACCAACAACCAUGGCUACGGACAUCUCAACAUCCUGGUACUGGCCAACUCAGGACCUUAAUUACACGCCUGUGCCAAUGUCAUAUGGGCCAAACUCGACCUGGACUAGUCUAAUGGCUGAAAGAACACAGUACUGCUGGUUGGCAGGUGAUCAAAUGAACAAUUGGGAAUUUGAUGAUUCCGAGGAGAUGCCGUCGGACUGCACUUCUCUCUACAGUUCAUAUUGCGAUCUUGGACCCACAGAUCCUGUUCCUAAGUCCCCAGCGUCAUCAAUCCCCAAGACCUGUACACCGGAGACCUCAACUGAGGAGCCAGAGCCUUCAACAACUGCGACGCCAACCGGAAUUACCACUCCUACUCCAACGCAAAGUGGAAUGGCUGACAAGUGUAACAAGUUUUAUAAAGUCCAGAAGGAUGAUGGUUGCCAGAAAAUCGCCGAUGAUAAUAAGAUCUCUGUGGCUAGCCUUGUAUCAUGGAACCCCGAUAUUGGAAAAGAAUGCAGGAAUAUCAAGUACGAUUUCUACGUUUGUGUCGGCAGAGAGUCAACUUCAACAUCGACUUCGGCGACUACGACGGGGGUCACAACGCCAACACCAACCCAGACUGGGAUGGUUGAUGGCUGCGACAAAUUCCACAAAGUGGAAAAGGAUGAAGGGUGCCAGAAGAUAGCCGACGACUUCAGUAUUUCGGUGAAUCAGUUGAAGGAGUGGAAUCCUGACGUUGGAAAGGAGUGUACAAAUUUGAAGUACGAUUUCUAUGCCUGUGUCGGUAGAAGUUCGAGCUCCGGAACUUCUGCUACCACGACAACGUCUGUCAAGAGUACUACAACUGCGAAUGCGAGUGGAACCCCGACUCCAACUCAAGAGGGCAUGGUGAGCGGGUGCAAAAAGUUCCACAAGGUGCUAAAGGACGAAUAUUGUGCGAAGAUUGCGGAUGAGAGCAAGAUAUCUCUGAAUGAUUUCUUGUCCUGGAAUCCUGAUGUUGGAAGCAAUUGUGGGAACCUCAAGUACGACUUCUACGUCUGUAUUGGGAAAUAG